UGGCGGAUAUUGUAAACAGAUCCAACAGUUUCGCGGAGGCUAAAGUGAAACCGCUGUGUUUACGACGGAAAACGCGAUGGAUAGUGACCGGUUCGACAGUCUAGAGGGCUGGGUGGCCGUAAAAAGUAACAUAUUCGAGGAGAACGAGACGUUCAAGCUGGGCUUCAUCGUCCAGUGGAACGUGAUCGAGUCCAAGUUCGCGGUCACCUGCCACAACCGGACCCUGCAGCGGCAGCAGCGGCAGCAGCGAGCCGAGCUCUGCGAGCUCUCCGCCGGCUCCCCGCUCAGCUGGGCCGGCCUCUUCUCCGUCACAGACCUGCAGCACGUCCACCAGCAGUUCAGCUGCGUGGCCGACGUGCUGGGCUCCUGUUUCCCGGACCUGUCGGAGUUUGAAGGAGGAAAUAUCUGGGACCUGCUGCUGCUCAGUCGCAGGUCUGCAGGUCCCGAGUACGACGACGAGCACAGGGAUCUGGACACGCCGUGCAGGAAACUGGAGAAAUACUUCAGCACGGCCAUCGACCUGUGCGGGAGGAAGAUCGUCCUGGAGACUCUGUUCACCCAGGACGAGCAGGAUGUGGAAGAAUACUUUGAAAACCUGCAGGAGUUCAAGAAGAAGUCCAUGCAAGAAGAGAUGUCGAGGGCUAAGGGUCACCUGAAACAGGUGCUGCAGAGUCACAGCAGAGCUGAUGGGAUGGUUGUGCUGCUCGGGAUCUACAGAGAGGAAGACGAGGCCUACCAAGACCUGGUCGCUGUGGCCACAACUCUCUUCCAGUACCUGCUGCAGCCGUUCAGAGACAUGAGAGAGCUGGCCUGCCUUUACAAGAUGGAGAUCCUGAAGUCUUUGGAGUUUGAGGAUUUGGGUCCCAAGAGAAUUGCAGCUCUGGAGAAGGAGGCGGAGGAGUGGAGAACGAAAGCAGAAGAUGCUGUUGCUUCAAUUCAGGACAUCACUGUCACAUAUUUUGCACAGACUUCAAAGGCUCUGGCUGGUAUGUCAAAGCAGAUGGAGGAGGAUAAGAAACAUUUUGGACCUGCUGCAUGGGCAUCAGCAGUUCCUCGACUGGAGAAAUUACGCUUCCUGUUAGCUAAAGAAACCCUACAGCACAUGAGAGCUGCAGAGAUGUGUCUCAGUCGCAAGAAAACAUCCAUCAGAGAACGACUGGAGAGCCUGUCGGGGAGAGUCCAGAACCAGAGAGUCAGUUCUCGGCCUGCGUUUGAUGGUGGUCAGCCACAGGACACAGUAGACCAGCUGGAGCUGCACUUCUAUGAAACGCAGCUUGAACUAUACGACGCCAAGUUUGAGAUCCUGAAGAAUGAAGAACAGCUGCUGGUGGCACAGAUAGACACCCUGCGACGGCAGAUUAAAGAACUGAAGGAGGAAGUGGUGUACUAUGAUGUGUGUGAGGAUCAGGAGGAGCUGCAGAGCAUGAUUCACACAAAUGUUCACCAGGCAGACUCUACGCUCAUCAGUCAGCUCAAAAGACGACUGCAGGCCUUGGAGACCAAGAGGGGUGGCAUCUGUGCCCGGAGGGCUUAUCUGCGCAACAAAAAGGAUCAGUGCAUGGAAGCCAAUGAGCAGAAGCAGUUGCCAGCCAAGCAAAGCUCGAUGCUGUUCAACCAGCAUCAUCAGAUCCAACUGAAACGGGAGAAGAAGAAAGAGGAGGAGCAGAGAAGGAAACAGUGGGUGGAUCAGGAGCGAGAGAAGACUCUGAGCAGAUUACGAUCCUUCAGAGAGAAACGACAGGGCCAUUACAUCCUGACUCCUCAAACCAGGAUUUCUCCUUCAGAAGAUGCAUGUCCAUCUCAGCCAAUGUCCAUCAUCAGCCUCUCUCCCUCCACCACCUCUGAAGAACCCUCCUCCAUCCGCCCAGCGCCCAGGCGCAGCAAAACACCCAAAAAACGGCAGCCAAAAGACGUUCCUGUUCAAAUCUAUGCUGCUCCUCCACCAGUAGCUUGUCCUUCUUUACCUCCUCCUCCUCCACCCCCUCCACUGCCUCCACCUCCACCUCCACCGCCACCUCCACCUCCACUGCUGCUUCCUGCCAUGCCUCCUCCACCUGUCCAAGCUUUGCCUUACCCAGAGGACAAGCCGAUGCCUCUCAGUGAAAAAAAGGACCCUCCGUUUCCAGCCAAGAACACGCUCAAACAGAAUAUAGGAACAAUGGAUGAAGUGUUGGCCUCACUGCAACGUGGACAGAUUAAACUGAGGAAGGUCCCCAUUGCAGAACCCACUGGGGAUGCAAGGAGCAGUCUAAUGUCCGCCAUCCGACACGGAGUCACACUGAAGAAGGUGAUUCCUGCACAAGCAGGGCUCCAGGACAGCGGCGACAACGACCUGGAGCGUAGCAUCAAAGCCGCCAUGAUGAGGAUGAAGAAGGUGUCAGCCGACUCCGACGAUGAGGACAGAGGUGACGACGACACGCAGGGGACGGACUGGGACAGCUGAGGACGUUCACGGUGGCCUAUGAAGCUGCUCUGACAUUACCCUGCUUCACUUUCCUCUAGGCUGCAGGCUUCAGCUCCGGUUGCUGCCAGACUUUUACAAAAAAAAUGUAAAAAGCAGUUUCUUUGACAAGGAUGAGAUUACGCCUCCUCUGACUUUGAACACUACAGUUUGUUGAAGCUGUCACACUAAUCCUGUUGGUCUUAACGGAGUCGCCCAGCAAGGUUGUGUUGGAUCCAAAACAGCUCUAUUUUCCCAGAUUAGUGUGUGUUUGGGGGGGAAUCCCAACUGUGUGUGUACGAGACCUCUAUGUGAGGCUGUCGCACAGCAGGAGAAGCCUGUGCUGCAGGCAGAGACAGCUGCAAUACGACGUUCAGCUAUACUGCCGAUUCUAAAAGUCCUGAAUGUAAUUAAACCUUAAUGAUUGCUUCAGUAACCUACUCCAACAAGUCUUCUUCAGUGCUAAACAAACUAGGAUAUGGUGUGAAAACAGUGUAAACAGUUCGGGCUGCAUGUGUAAACCUUCAGUGUUUGUAGGAGAAGCUGAUUAUACUUUGCACUGGUUUGUUUUUAUUUGUCCUUUUUGUCAGAAUGUGGAAGAGCACUUUGAGAGAACCAUCUUUUUUUUUUCUUCUUCUUCUUUUUUGCCUUCAUGAUGCCAUAAUGAAUGAAGUGACAAAUGUAUAUUACUAGAAUGUUUUAGUAUGAAACAGUUUUAAUGAAGACGUGUCUCACCCUGUAAUCGCUGUUGAAUCCUAAAAACAAAAGCUUGGUCACAUGACGUUAUCAAAUAAACAAGCCUUCAACAUACAUACUGAAUGGUUUGCAGAAAGCUGAGCUGAUAGUAGCCAAGGUGGAAACGCACCUGCAAUACUGCUGUAAUAAAUCUUGUCAUGAGUAUUCAA